UCUGUUAGAGCUUUCACGAAGGAUCUCACCUCUCUGUGUAGAGAAACCGCGCCGACGCUCUCUUUCUCUACACUGCAUCAAGCAAAGAAAGAGUUCUUAUGUAAGAGAGAGAGAGAUGCAAGCUAUCUCGAAAGUUUCUUCUGCAGCCUCCUUUUUUCGAUGUUCUAGGAAGCUAACAAGUCAACCAUGCGUGAGCCAGCUUAGCCUCAGAAAAGGUUUUGUCUCUGGUGUGAUGAUGAAGUUGUUCUCUUCUCCUCUCAAGACUUUGUGCGAUGCUCCUGGAAGAUCUGUUCACGUGUCAAGAUUCUGCAGUGUCCCCAAUAUCUCUUCCUCACUUCAAAUUGAACUGGUGCCAUGUCUUGCGGACAACUACGCUUAUAUAUUACACGACGAGGAUACUGGUACGGUUGGUGUGGUUGACCCUUCCGAAGCUGCACCUGUUAUGAAUGCCUUAAAGAAGAAUGGUCGAAACCUAACGUAUAUAUUGAAUACACAUCACCAUUAUGAUCACACUGGUGGGAACUUGGAAUUAAAAGACAAGUACGGUGCAAAGGUGGUUGGCUCAGCUGUAGAUAGGGAACGGAUUCCUGGAAUUGAUAUAGCUCUGAAAGAUGGUGACAAGUGGGGGUUUGCUGGCCAUGAAGUUAAUGUUAUGGAAACUCCUGGCCACACAAUAGGCCAUAUUAGUUUCUACUUCCCAGGGGCACGAGCAGUUUUCAGUGGGGACACCUUAUUUAGCUUAUCAUGUGGUAAGCUCUUCGAAGGUUCUCCAGAGCAGAUGCUAGCUUCGCUACAGAGGAUAGUUGCUUUGCCAGAUGACACAAGCAUAUAUUGUGGCCAUGAAUACACACUGAGUAACUCCAAGUUUGCGUUAUCUGUAGAACCAGCUAACGAGGUACUCCAGUCUUACGCAGCCUACGUUGCAGAACUCCGUGACAAGAAGUUACCUACGAUUCCAACAACGAUGAAGAUGGAGAAAGCGUGUAACCCGUUUCUCCGUACUGGGAAUAUGUAUAUUCGCCGGGUUCUAGGUAUUCCAGAGACUGCUGAUGAAGCGGAAGCUCUGGGUGUUAUUAGAAGAGCAAAGGACAAUUUUAAAGCUUAAGCAAUUAGAUAAUUUUACCGACGUACAGAACUACAGAUCAUGAAUAGUUUGGCUUAAUAAUGUUUUCAUUGUCCCUAUAGCGUGCAAUGUACUUAAAGUUUAGGUGUUUGAAGCAGACCAGCUUUACAUAUUCAUGACAACUGAUGGUUAUCAACAGUUUCACAUAAAUAGCAAAAGAACAAGUGAUGAGUACA